UUGACGUCUGUCAACGAGAAUGGCCAGGCAGCUUCCUAUUUUGAGAAGGGAAUGCUCCGGCGACGUCCCCACGCCACCCCCGGCCCCGGCCCGCACACCUGCUUGGAUCCGUCACGCUGGGCCAGAUGUCAGCUACUCAAGCGUCAACCUCCCCAUCUUGGCUGGAGUUUGGCUCCUGCGCCCAGUCUGUGGCUGCCGCUUCUGGAGUCUUUGGUCCAUCCAGCUCUCACUCGGAUUAUCUUCUCAUUUGACCCAAACGGUGCAGUUUAGACCCGGUUUCCCUGUGGACCCAUGGCGGAGGCUGUGCGACCCGAGGACUAUUGCGACGAGGCGCUGGACGACGAGUUCGGAGAGAUCAUCAAGAGUCGAUCUGAUGAAAGAGAAGAUGUACAGAAGAAGACUUUCACAAAAUGGGUCAACUCACAGUUAUCUAAGACAGGGAAACCGCCUGUGGAGGAUCUCUUCUCUGACCUGUGUGAUGGACGACGCUUGUUGGAGCUGUUGCAGGGUCUAGUCGGAAAUGAGCAGGUGAGGUUGGAAAAGGGCACCUCACGCGUUCACUCGCUCAACAAUGUCAACCGAGCUCUGCAGAUCCUGCAAAAGAACAAUGUUGAGCUGGUGAAUAUUGGCGCAACGGACAUCGUUGAUGGCAAUCACAAACUUAUUCUCGGCCUCAUCUGGAGCAUCAUUCUCCACUGGCAGGUAAAGGAUGUGAUGAAGGAGGUGAUGGCUGGCCUACAGCAGACCAACAGUGAGAAGAUUCUGCUGAGCUGGGUUCGUCAGAACACAAGCCAGUACCCGCAGGUGAAUGUGGUCAACUUCUCCAGUAGCUGGAAUGAUGGUCUGGCGUUCAAUGCCCUCAUCCACAGCCACAGACCGGAACUGUUUGAUUGGAGCUCUGCGGAGGCUAAGGAGUCAGCGAUUGACAGACUGGAACAUGCUUUUAGUAAGGCAGAACAACAUCUGGGCAUCGACAGACUGCUGGACCCAGAAGAUGUGGCGGUGCCUCAUCCCGACAAGAAGAGUGUCAUCAUGUACGUGACGUCGCUCUUCCAGGUGCUACCGCAGAGCGUUACCAUGGAGGCCAUUCAGGAGGUGGAGACGCUGCCACGGCCUGCCAGUGCCGCAAGCACAUCCCGUGUCCUGACCGGGGAACACUACCAGAUCCAGACCCAGCAGCGCUUCUCCCAGCAGAUCACAGUGAGUGUGGCUCAGGGCCGAGUGCAGAGUCCCUCCCCUCAGCCUCGCUAUAAAAGCUAUGCCUACACCCAGGCGGCCUAUGUCAAGUCUCCUGAGCAAAAGAGGAGGCGCUUUGCUGAUCAGUUUCUGAGUCCCAGCCAAGAGGAGCUGCAGCGAGGGCUUAGUCCUUUGCCUCCUGGCUCCACCACUCUGGAGGCUUACCAAGCGGCCCUGGAGGAGGUUCUGACAUGGCUGUUGUCGGCUGAAGAUGGGCUCCAGUCCCAGCCCCCCAUUUCCAACAAUGUGGAGGAGGUCAAGGAGCAGUUCCACACACAUGAGAGCUACAUGGUGGAGCUCACUGCGCACCAGGGCAGCGUCGGUCGUGUCCUCCGGGCUGGCGCCGCCUUACUGGGUGAGGGCAACCUGAGUGAGGAGGAGGACACUGAAGUGAGGGAGCAGAUGAACCUGCUGAACUCUCGAUGGGAGCACCUCAGGGUGGCCAGCAUGGAGAGACAAAGCAGACUCCACCAGGUCUUAAUGGACCUACAACACAAGCAGCUGCAGCAGCUCACAGACUGGCUUGACGCAACAGAGGCGCGGGUCAAGGAGAUGGAGGCUCAUCCGCUUGGUCCUGACUUGGAGGACGUCAAGCACCAAGUGGAAAAGCACAAGCUGUUGCAGGAGGACCUGGAGCAGGAGCAGGUGCGGGUCAAUUCGCUGACCCACAUGGUGGUAGUGGUGGACGAGACAAGCGGAGACAGCGCCACUGCUGCCUUGGAGAGUAAACUUCAGGUGCUAGGUGACCGCUGGGCAGCUAUCUGUAGAUGGACAGAAGAACGCUGGAUUCUGCUGCAAGAGAUUUUAUUGAAAUGGCAACACUUCACAAAUGAACAAUCUUUAUUUGACUCGUGGCUGACUCAGAAGGAGGAGUUGGUUCGGUCAAUCAAGACUCCCAAUGUAAAGGACCAUGCCGCCACGGCGGCCUGCCUCCGCCAUCUUGCUAUGGUUCAGACAGAGCUGGACGUGAAGCGUCCUGCCAUGGACAAGCUGUGCUCCAUGAGUCAGGACCUGCUAUGCAGUGUUAAGAACAAAGAGGUGGCCAGCAAACUGGAAGCUAGACUGGACAACUUUGCCCAACGCUGGGAUCGACUGGUUCAAAGUCUGGAUCUCAUAAACUCCCAGCUCUCACCAGUCGUCACCACAGCAGCCCUCCAGUCCGAAAUGACCCACUCAGUCACGCCGACCGUUACCAAGGUGACAACGAGGGAGAGCGUAUCGGCACUACGUCAAGCCAGAGAGUCACCACCACAGAAGAAGAGGCAGGUGGUCGUAGAUUCUGAACUCAGAAAAAAUUGCAUGCAUCCAUUUCUGCUUACAUACCUUUGCAGAUUUGAUGUGGACUUCACAGAGGUACACAGCUACAUGACUCGAGGCGAGGCAAUCCUGCAGAGUCCUGAGUUUUUGGUGACCCGCAAAGAUGGCAGCAUUCAGGAACUGUACGACAAAGUACAGCUGAUAGAACGGGAACGACCAGAGAAGUACCGGAAGCUUCAGGAAGCCACGCGCACAGCACAGACCCUUGUUGAGCAGGAGGGGACUCGGGCUGAGGACAUUGCCCAGGCAGCCGAGCAGCUGAACCAGCGCUGGAUCGGCUUUUGUGCUCUGUUGGCAGAUAGGCUGGUAUGGCUGGCCUACCAGACAAAGGUGCUCGCAUUCUACAACUUGUACGAGCAGUGUGUGCAGGCAGCGGAAAUGAGUGAAAACUGGCUCAAGGUUCAGCUGCCCCCAUCACCAGAACCCGAGACGCUCAAGGUGCAACUGGACCGAUGCAGAGAGGAAGUGUCCCGUCUGGCCUCCUUACAACCACAAGUGGAGCUUUUAGACAAACGUUUGGAGGAGCUAAAGGGGGAGAAAGAUGGGGAGGAGGACACGUCAGCUUUCCUGGAUGCCGACAUCAACGUGUUCAAAGAACACUACCGCAAGGUUCUAGAGGAUCUGCGGGCGAGAGAGAGGCAGCUACAACUAAUUUUGGAGAGCUUGCCCCCAGCUCGUUAUAAGGAGACUGUUUCCACGCUGUUAGUGUGGUUACAGGAAUGCGAGGCCAAACUGGCUAUUCCGUCCACAGCUGUUACAGAGUAUCCUAUUAUGGAGCAGAGACUGAAGGACAUGGAGGCACUCCAGGUGGCACUGACCAGUCACCAGGGGCAAGUGGACUACCUGACAUCUGCUGUAGAACAGGUUUUCCAGAAAGCUCCACCUGAAAUCUGCCAGAAGUAUCACACUGAAAUGGACAACAUCAUGGCUCGCUGGAGGCGACUAAGCACCACGUUGACUGAUAACACCAAGACAAUCAAGGAGCUCAUGGCCAAACUCAUGCAGUUUGAGAAUGAUGUGAAGACAUUAAAGAAGUGGAUGGCAGAUGUGGAUGUCUUCCUGAAUGAGGAAUGGCCAGCACUCGGAGACUCUGAAGCACUGGAGAAACAACUGGAACAGUGUGCGGCCUUGGUGAACGACAUCCACACCAUCCAGCCCAGCGUCAAUGGAAUCAACAAAGUGGGCCUGCAGCUAAAGAAGGAGGCGGAGCUCCCUUUUGCAAUUCAUAUUCAGAAGGAACUGGAUGGCCUGAAUGCCCAGUGGGAGAACGUUUGCAAACAGGCUUAUGCUAAGAAGUCAGCUCUGAAAGGUGGCUUGGAUAAAACAAUGGCUCUGAGGAAGGAGAUGCAGGAGAUGCAGGAGUGGAUCAACCAGGCCGAGGAAGACUACCUGGAGAGAGAUUUCACUUACAAAACACCCGAAGAAUUACGCAAAGCAGUGGAGGAGCUCAAGAGGGCCCAGGAAGAGGUCCACUCCAAGGAGCUCAAAGUCAAACUCCUGACUGACAGCGUGAAUAGUUUCAUCGCCAAGGCACCGCCCACUGCUCAUGAUGCAUUGCGUUCAGAGCUUGAUGUGCUGAAGGUCAACUACCAGCGCCUUUGCAGCCGCCUGGACGGAAAAUGCAAAACUCUGGAGGAGGUUUGGGCAUGUUGGUGCGAGUUGCUGUCCUACCUGGAACAGGAGAAUGCCUUCCUGGACCAGCUGGAGCAGAAACUUGAUGUAGCUGAGAACCUCCAAGGAGGAGCAGAGGAGAUACAAGAGGCGCUAGAUGGACUUGAGGCUUUCCUGCGACACCCUGAGGACAACAGAAACCAGAUUCGAGAGCUGGCCCAGACUUUGAUGGACGGUGGUGUAUUGGAUGAGCUAAUUCAGCAAAAAUUGGAUGCCUUCAACGCACGAUGGGACGAGCUCAUGACGAGGGCGUCCCUCAGGCAGAAGGAGCUGGCCAAGAGCAUUCAGUGGGACCAGGAGAAUGACAAGACACUCAGGAUCAUCCAGGAGUCGCUGGCCAACACUGAGCGCCACCUCAGGGCGUACUUGGCUGACAACAUUGAUGCUCAACAGAUACCACAGGAAGCUCAGAAAAUCCAGUCGGACUUGAGUGGCCAUGAUGCAAACUUGGAGGAGAUGAGGAAGAAGAAUCAGGAAAAGGACCCAUCCCAGAGGAUGACUGGACAGAUAGACCUGACACAGAAAAUGCUGACGGACGUGUGGACCAAGUUCCGGCUCUUCCAGAAGCCGGCCAACUUCGAAGCUCGCCUGACUGAGUGUGAACGUGUGCUAGCUGGUGUCAAAGGUCAGGUGGGGGUGCUGGACAUUCGCAGUGUCGAGCAGGAUGUGGUGCAGUCUCAGCUGGAGCAGUGCAUGAAGUUGUACAAGGUGCUGAGCGAGGUGAAAGGCGAGGUGGAGACUGUGAUCAAAACAGGCAGGCAGAUCGUGCAGAGGCAACAGACCGAGCAUCCCAAAGAGCUGGACGAUCGUGUGACUGCACUCAAACUGCUGUACAACCAGCUUGGAGCACAGAUAACUGAGAGUAAAUUGGAGUUGGAGAAGAGUCUAAAGCUGUCCAGGAAGCUUCGCAAGGAGCUCAAUGGGCUGACAGAGUGGCUCGCGGCCACUGAUGCCGAGCUGACCAGGCGCUCUGCUGUAGACGGUAUGCCCAGUGACCUGGAGGCUGAGGUGGCGUGGGCACAGUCCAUCCACGGUGAGACGGAGAAGCGGGAGCCACAGCUGCAGGCCGUGGUGGACCUGGCCGAGGCCCUCAAGGCGGUUCUUCGGGUCCAUGGGAGCCUGGUAGAUGACAAAGUCAGCCUGCUGCGCUGCAACUGGAUUGCAGUCACAUCCCGAGCGGAGGAGUGGCUAAACCUGCUGCUGGCCUACCAGCUGCAGAUGAAGAAGUUGGAUGGAGAGAUUGAGGAAGUGAAUGGAUGGAUAGACGGAGCAAAUAAAAAGAUGGAUGAGAUGGACAACCAGGGACCCAAUGAUGCUGCGCAAAAGGUUCUGCGUGCCGAGCUGGAGCUGACAAAGAAAAAGAUGGAGGAAGUGAGAACUUUGGCGCAGGAGCUCAUGACAACUAGAGGGGAGAACUGCCAGGCCCAGGUGCGGCCUAAAGUAGAGCUUCUGACACAGAGAUUCAACACUGUUGCACAACGCAUCACCUCUGGACUGACAGCAGCAUCGGCCAACGAACUGGAGCAGUACCACCGCGAAGCUCAGAUCUGGUUGGAUCUUCUGGAGGAGGAAGCGAAACAAGGGGAAAACCUCAAGGAAGAGGACUUCCAGGAAGACAAGGACUGUGAGGAAGGUGGAGUGAAGGAGUUAUUGUUGAGAGGAGAGAAUCUGCAGAGGAGAGCCCCGGAUCAAGACAAGAGAGAACACAUCAGACUGAAACAAAAGCAGCUCGGCAACAAGUACAACACUGUCAAGGACCUUCGCGUGCUCAGGAACAGGAAGGCGCUCGCUAUUGCCCCUCAGUGGUACCAGUACCGAAGGAAGUCACAUGACCUGCUGGCCUGGCUGGACGACAUCCAGCGCAGUGUCGACCAGCUGCCCGAUCCUCCUGAGGGCGAGAGGGUCAAGGAAAUUGUCUCAGAGAUGACCCUGAAGAAGGAGGAGCUUAAGGAGGUGCAGGGCUUAGCCAAUCAGCUCUCAGUGGCUGGAGCCGCCAGUCUAGUGGAGCCCCGACAGCUCCAGCUCAACAGGCGCUGGGCUGAGGUGGAGAGCAAGCUCAAACCCUUUCAAAGACAAUGUUCUGCCGGUGUGCCAAUCACUGACAAUGAUUACCUGGCAGAGCUGCAGGCGCUGUUACGUUCUGUGGCCGAGGCAGACUUCAAACUGAACUCCCCAGAAUACUGGCCUGCAUCUUAUUACAACCUGCCUCAGCAAGAGCACUGCAUGAAGGAAGUGAAGACAAUCAUUGACAAGAUGCGUGGUCCAGUGGAGGCAGGGCUGUCCCGCAGACAGGAAGUGGAAUCCAAUGCCCGACCUCUGGAAUCCCAGCGAAUUCAGGAAAGCGCUACCCGCCUCGAGACCAACUGGGACAAACUGAACAAACUGCACAAAGAACGGCUAAUGCGCUGGCAGGACUGCAACACCAAGUGGCAGACGUUUGUAGCAGACCAGAGAGCAAUUGAGGAGUGGCUUCACGAAGCUGAGGUUGCCCUCAAGCUGGCUGAGAGCAAGCCAGCAGCACAACGACAACACCUCAUGGACCUGACAGAAGCUAUACCACUGCAGGAAGUGGUGUUCAACAGAGUGACCUCUGCAAGCGAGGACAUCAGCCCGAUGAGUACACCAGAUGAUGCCUCCCGCCUCCGAGCACAACUCAAAUUUUUAAAUGCUCGCUGGGCUCAUGUCUACGAGCAGCUCAAUGAGCGCAAGAGAAGAUCAGAGGAAUCGCACACGACAGCGGCGCAGCUACAGGAGAGCGUGGGUUCGAUGCUGGGUUGGCUAGACAAGGCGGAGGGGGUUCUGGUCAUCCCGCUGCAACCUGCUGAGCCUGAACACAUCAGAAACACGCUGGGCAAAGUGCAGGCAUGUGUGGCAGAACUUCCGAGCAAGAAAGCAGCAGUGGUAGAUCUGAACAUGCGACAGAUUCCUGCUGACAAACAAAAAGACAUCAGGAUUAUGAACACUCGCUGGCAACAAGUGUCCAAGGCUCUGCCUGAACGCCAACUGGAGAUUGAGAGUCUGUUGAAGGAACUGGAUAGUGUUCAGGUUCAGUUGGACUAUCUGUCCAGCUGGGUGUCCAGAACCAGAGCUCAGCUGGAGCACAGUCCAGAUGAGCCCCCACCCAGUCUCAUCGAGGAAGUAAAAGUCAAGCAACCCGAAGUUGAGUCAGUUCUUCAGCGAGCAAAUCAGUUGUACAAAGACAUUACUCCAAGCCAAUCAGAUAAGGUGAAGUACAUGAAGAUGAGAGAAGACUGGACUGUCAUCAUGGAGUUGUUGCGGCAGCAUCAGGAGAGGAAAACCCUCGUCGUGGCAAGGAAAGCCAGUGAAAUGCUUACAGGCAGCGCCCAGGCCGAUUCUGCCGCCCUGGCGCAGUUCAACAAGUCAUGGGCGGAGCUCACCGACUGGCUGACCAUGCUGGACAACAUGGUGCAGAACAAGCGUGUUGUCGUGGCUGACCUGGAUGACAUCAACGACAACAUUGGCCAGCUCAAGGCAUCCUUGCAGGAGCUAGAACAGCGACGCCCUCUGCUGGACAGACAGGUCACCGCAGCCCAGAACUUAAAGAACAAAACCAGCAACCAGGACACACGAAACGCUAUCACUGAGCGCAUUGACCGGCUUCAGACACACUGGGAGGACUCUCAGGCCAAACUCUCAGCCAGAAACAAGCAGCUUCACAACAUGCUGCAGGACUCCACUGAGUGGCUAAAUUCCAAACAGAGGGUGGAUGCUCUCAUCAAGCGUGCCAGCGAGAGGCUGGAGUCCUGGCAGGAGGUCACCUACACGGUGGAUGCUCUAAGACAGAAUGCUGAACUCAAGGGCUUCGCAAAUGACCUGCUCCAGUGGGAGGGUCAAAUUGAUGAAACCAAUGCGUUGGCCGACAAACUGUUGACACGUUACGCCAACGACGACACACACAAAGUGACCCAAAUUAAUGACAACAUGGUGGCCGUCUGGACACACAUCAACAAGCAUGUUUCAGACAGGGAGGCAGCUCUUGAAGUGGCUCUGAAGCUAUUGCAGCAGUUCUACCUAGAUCUGGAUAAGUUCCUUAACUGGCUGACAGAGGCCGAGACAACAUGUAACGUUUUAAUAGACGCCACCAAUGAAGAGAAGCUGGCCGAGCAGCCUCAGGCAGCCCGGAAUCUUCUGGCACAAUGGAAGGACCUAGAGGUUGAGAUUGAUGGCCAUACAGAGAUGUACCAUUCCCUUGAUGAGCAGGGCCAGAGGAUUCUAAGCUCACUGGGGGACUCGGAGGAUGCCACACUCCUCCACAGACGUUUGAACAACAUGAGCCAGCGCUGGAAUGAUCUGUACAGCAAGACUCUCAGCAUGAGGGCUCACUUGGACUCCGAAAUGGCACCUUGGAAGAGGCUACAUAUGUCGCUGCAGGAACUGCUACACUGGUUGAGGCUGAAAGCUCAGCAGCUGGAGCGGGAGAUGCCUGUAGGCGGCGAUGUCCCUGCUGUCCAAACCCAGUUGGACACCCACCGGGGAUUCAGGCAGGACAUAAGAGCCAAAGAGCCUGUUGUGACCAAGGCACUUGAUGAUGUUGGAGUCUUCCUUUCCGAAUUGCCCCAAGAGCCUCCAUUACGUGAGCAGCGAGACAUCGGUUCCAUGGAGCGCGCCCAGAAUGUUGGGCGAAUCCUGCGUAAGGAAGCAAAUGACGUGACGACCAAAUGGGAACAGCUCAAUAGCAACUCUGCUGAUUGGCUGAGGACGCUGGAGCUGGCUCUGCAGCGGCUGAUGGAGCUCCUGGAGGCAGAGGACCUUGUGGAUGGGCAGCUGAGGCAGGCAGAGAUGGUGAAGGAUGCUUGGGAGCCUGUUUGUGAUCUUCUCAUCAACUCGCUGCCCGAGCACAUCCAAAGAGUCAAGGAGUUCCAGGAAGAGAUUGCGCCCAUUCAGGAAGACGUAACGCACAUGAACCAGUUGGCGUCCACUUUCAGUCUGCCUGAACUCCACCUGUCGCCCAGCAACCUGGAACGCAUUGAAGAGCUCAACACACGCUGGAAACUGUUGCAGGUGUCAGUCAAUGACCAUCUGAAGCAGCUGAUGGAUGCACAUCAAGACUUUGGCCUCCUUCAUGGGUCUGUUGACAGCCCCUUCGAGCAAGGUGUCUCUCCAAACAACGUGCCCUACUACAUUAACCACCAGACCCAGACAACAUGCUGGGACCAUCCCAAGAUGGCGGAGCUCUAUCAGUCACUGGCUGACCUGAACAAUGUUCGAUUCUCAGCCUACCGAACAGCCAUGAAACUCAGACGCCUACAGAAGGCUUUGUGCUUGGACCUGCUGAACAUGCCAAUGGCGUCCGAAGUGUUCGACCAGCAUGGCCUGAAGCAGAAUGAGCAGCUGCUCGAUAUCUCCCAGCUGGUAGCCUGUCUGACCAGGCUGUAUCAGCGGCUAGAGCAAAGUCAUGCACACCUGGUCAGUGUCCCUCUGUGUGUCGACAUGUGCCUCAACUGGCUGCUCAACGUCUAUGAUGCUGGUCACAGCGGAAAGAUUCGCACCCUAUCCUUCAAAACUGGAAUCAUCUCACUCUGCAAGGCUCACCUGGAGGAUAAAUACAGAUUCUUGUUCAGGCAGGUUGCGAGUGCAACCGGUUUCUGUGACCAGCGUCGCCUCGGCCUUCUCCUUCAUGACUCCAUCCAGAUCCCACGGCAACUUGGUGAGGUGGCUUCGUUCGGCGGCUCCAACAUCGAGCCAUCUGUGCGGAGCUGCUUCCAGUUUGCCAACAACAAGCCAGAACUAGAGGCUGCCAUGUUCCUGGAUUGGAUGCGUCUGGAACCUCAGUCAAUGGUGUGGCUGCCUGUGCUGCACCGUGUGGCUGCCGCAGAGACAGCCAAACACCAAGCCAAGUGCAACAUCUGCAAGGAGUGUCCCAUCAUAGGCUUCAGAUACCGGAGUCUGAAACAUUUCAACUAUGACAUUUGCCAAAGCUGCUUCUUCUCUGGCCGUGUCGCCAAGGGUCACAAGAUGCAGUACCCUAUGGUGGAGUACUGCACCCCGACUACAUCCGGUGAGGACGUCAGAGAUUUUGCCAAGGUGCUGAAGAACAAAUUUAGGACUAAGCGCUACUUUACCAAACACCCACGUAUGGGCUACCUACCUGUCCAGACCAUCCUGGAAGGCGACAACAUGGAAACACCUAUCACACUGAUCAACUUCUGGCCUGUGGACCAUGCGCCUGGCACAUCCCCUCAGCUCUCUCACGACGACACACACACUCGGAUCGAGCACUACGCCAACCGGUUAGCAGAAAUGGAGAACCGUAAUGGCUCUUAUCUGAAUGACAGUAUCUCACCCAAUGAGAGCAUUGAUGACGAGCACAUGUUGAUCCAACACUACUGCCAGUCUCUGAACCAAGGCUCUCCCCUCAGCCAGCCCCGCAGCCCGGCCCAAAUUCUCAUCUCCAUGGAAACAGAGGAGAAAGGAGAGCUGGAGCGGGUCCUCAAUGACCUGGAGCAGGAAAACAGGAAGCUCCAGGCCGAAUAUGACCGUCUUAAGAAGGCGCAUGACAGAAAGGGCCUGUCCCCACUACCGUCACCCCCAGAAAUGCUGCCAGUGUCGCCGCAGCGCGCACGGGACGCCGAGCUCAUUGCCGAGGCCAAACUGCUGCGGCAGCACAAGGGGCGCCUAGAAGCCCGGAUGCAGAUCCUCGAGGACCACAACAAACAGCUGGAGUCUCAACUGCACCGACUGAGGCAGCUCCUGGAGCAGACGGAUUCCAAGGUGAACGGCACGGAACUGUCCUCCCCCUCCACCUCGUCUCAGCGCUCAGACUCCUCCCUGCCUCAGCUGCGCGUGGCUGCCAGCCAGACCAUUGACACAAUGGGUGAUGACGAGCUGUCCACCCUUUCCCAAGAUGCAUCUGGACUGGAGGAAGUGAUGGAACAGCUCAACAACUCUUUCCCUCAUGGCCAAGGUCCAAGCAUCGGAAGUUUGUUCCACAUGGCUGACGAUCUGGGCCGUGCUAUGGAGUCCCUGGUCAACGUCAUGACAGAUGAGCCAUGCGACAUCGAGGCCCCGCCCUUCUGACACUGCACCCCCAAGCCCCAUGCGCCCACCUCUUCCCAUUUCUUAGUCAAUCGAGCUGAAUUGGACAUAGACUUUACAAACAGAAUAUAAAACAUCUAUUUUUGUGAAGGAUUGUGGUUCCAGCAAUGAUGAGUUAAUAUUUAAAAAAAAGUAGAUUUCAGUAGUUUCUUAAACGUCCUGAAGUUGUUUUAUUGCGGGGUAAAAGGCUGUUGUUGUUUUUUUUUUAACUUCUAUGCAAUUGUAUUAAAAAAUUAUUUUGGGGAGGGGGGCAACAAAGAAAGAUACAAAUAAGUGUGUUUCGUGUGGUAAUACAGUUUGUUUGCAUCGCUUUGUAACCGGAAAAUAUAGCAUUUCCCACAUUUCUAUUAAAAAAAGAGAAUGAUUGUCAUAAUAAGGAUGUUUACUAUGAGGAAAAUCUCUUUAUAUAACAACGUACAAUACUGUUAAGGUAAUGCAGGCAUCCUGGAACUUUACAGUGCGUUGUGUGUAUGUGUGUAUUGGUGGCCCCAAUGCAGUACAGUACUCACUUUUUUUUUUCUGUCUCCAUCCAUCAUCUUUAGGCUUCUCGAUGUUUAAUAUCCAUAUCCAAUAACUGAUUCAGUUAUCCCAACACAGUUUUUGGAAAAAGGGAAAAGUCUAUGUCGUGGGGAAUACAUUAGAUUGGAGUUCAGUUUUCAAAACUCCAUCCAUUUUAGUUUUGGCUUUUGUUUUGAGUAAAGAGCUGGGAUUCAUCAUGGCCGCCCAAAGAUUAAUUGCAAUACAGCCUUGCUGAAAGUGUUUAGGCAUUUUGAAGUCCUUUCCAUUUGUCAUGAUGAGUUCAUUUGUGUCAUUGUGUUUGCUGGGGGUUGUAGAAGAAAACAUACAGGUUCUUACACUGGCACGGUGACGUUUGAAUUUAAUCAUAGGUUGUUGGUUACCAACUGCACACUGGCUUUUUUCGUUUUGCAUUUCAAUCUGUUUCUGUCUAAGUACUGUAAGAUUGUUUUAUUCCCCUCCCCACCCCCCAUUUAGGCUGCUAACUUUAAAAUGACUCCAAUUUAUUACAAGUUAUUUAAGUUUCAAAAGCAAGCUCUACUUGGCCUCACAUAUCACAUCAAGUAUGGAGGUUAUUGCUCUACUGUAGCCAACUCCUUCAUUGGAGCUUGAAAUAAGAAUGUUUUGAAUGCAUUCACUGCAUUUGUCUUUUCUGUCGAGACAAUUUACGGCUCAACAGCUACUACUACUGUUAUACCUGGGACAUACCUAGUGAUGAUCUGUGCAUUCAUUUGAAUAGUGUUUGUCUUUGUUUUCAAAGUGUGUUUUGUUUUGAUGUUGUGGGGUUAUUACUAAGCAUGCAUGGGUGGCUAAAUGAAAUCCAUCAGUAACCGAUGACAGAGUGAUACACAUACACUCUGCUGCAUGACCCAGCAUCAUUUUUGUUUUGAUCAAGACACUGAAUUAGUUUCUCAUUUCUAACAUUUGUGUGUGUCGUUCUUGCAACACAGUACUUCACAGCAUAUCAGACGCCACCAAAUAUAUGCCUUACUACUACUGUAUUAUAAAAAUGCUUUACUGUACAUCAAUAAAGCAGGCAGUUACGUUGA